AUUAACGUCAUCUCUUUUCCCUUUCCUCGUCAGGUACACGUCUACGCAAAUCCACCUCCGUCAGCCUUGUCAUCCCGAAUCCGGAGCACGAGGAAAAGAGGAAGAAGAAGAAGAACAUGUAAUGGGCCUCGUCGACUAUUCCGACUCGGACGACGAUGACCUCCAAGACGCCCAGCCGCUGCCACGCAAAGCCAACACCAACAACGCCUUGAAGCGAAAACACGACAACUCCACAUCAUCCGAUCUGCCACCACUUCCAGACUCAUUUCACGACCUGUACUCGUAUAACGCGAGGACCACUACAGAAGACGAUCCAGCCUUGCAUGGCGGCCGCAUCAGGGCCGUGCCGCACAGACAAGGAAAUUGGCCCUCCCAUGUCUAUCUGGAAUGGCAUCCGAACUCUGCCGAGUCCACAGUUCUCAAUAGUCUCGUGGACUUUGCUCGCAAGACGGCCGGAGAUUCGCCUCGGCGCCCGUCGGGAGAUACACCAAUACGUCCACGCAUUACGAGUCUGCUUACUUCCGAUAUUCAGAUGUCCCUUCCGCUACAUAUCUCCCUCUCUCGUUCCCUAACCCUGACGACGGCGCAGAAGGAUAGCUUCUACACGAAGACUGUCGUGAGUCUCAAGCAAAGUGGUGUGCGACCUUUCCAUAUCAAGUUCACCUCACUGAGGUGGGUACCCAAUCAUUCGCGUACGCGUUACUUUCUAGUCGCUGGCAUCGAUAGACCAGACAGCGACGAGCUUAACCGUCUCUUGGACGCGAGUAAUCGAGCUGCAGCGUCCUUGGACUUGGAUCAGCUAUACGAUGAUAAAGAGGCAGAGCUGCACGACCAUUCUGUCAAAACCAAAAAGCAGCAUCAUGGCAGUAGUAGUCGCAGCGACAGCCUUGUUGAAGUUGUUGACCGCACGCACUGCUUUCACGUCAGUCUGGCUUGGGCACUGCAACCCAUAUGUGGACCGAACUUUGACGAAGCUAGCAACGUAACAGAUCUCAUGUCCAGUCUCCGUAGCAUGAACGUCCAUUUCAACUCUGUCAAGGUAAAGAUCGGUAACAAGGUGGAUUCGGUCGACCUAUCCACCAAGUACAGCGAACCCGAAAAUGGGCUCAUUGUCUAGGAUGAGGUAAUUGAUGCUUGGUUAAUAGGAUAAAAGUUCAGAAUGCCAUCUACCUGCAC